GGCCCUGCCGAGGUGCCGUAGCUAACUAGCUAAGUCACAACAGCAACAAUGACUUCCGCGGAGUCCCAGCCGCGGUUUGGGCAGUCUGUCAAAGGUUUGUUGUCCGAUAAAGUGGGCUCUUGUAGCGGGGAUGUGAUCGCUCUGACUCGGCAAGUGCUGAAAGGAUCGCGGAGCCAAGAGCUUCUUGGCCAAGCAGCCAGGAAUAUGGUUAUUCAGGAGGAUGCCAUUCUGCACUCAGAGGAUAGUCUGAGAAAAAUGUCCAUUAUCACCACGCAUUUACAAUAUCAACAAGAGGCCAUCCAGAAGAACGUGGAACACUCCAAGAACCUGCAGGAUCAGCUGCGACACCUGCUCAAGUGAAACGUCACAACGCGGGAGCUGGAAACCCUGGAGCCGGGAGAACAUCCAAGCCAGCGAUACAUGCAGUUUCAUCGGAAUUGAACAUUUUUAAGUUCUUUUUUAUUUAUUUUAGUUUUUUUAACACACUGUCAGUGUGUAUGGACAAUGGACAGCUGUUUACAAGUGAUGUUCUGCGUUGUCACACGCGCUUGCCCCAGAUAAAAUAACAUCGACUGAACAGUCGGCUUCAAAAGAACACGUAUCAUUUUUUGUCAUGUGCAUUGUUUUGAUCAGUUGUAUUUAUUUAAUUUUUUUGACUAUCCUGCCUUUAUCCUUACUUUGGAAUGAGCAUGUGAGGUAUAAGAGUCAGGCCCACAAUGAGAACCACGUACACUCAACCAUCCAAUUAUGUGCUCAUUCCAUGUUGUCUGUCAGGUGAGUCCUAUUAAAGGUGUGCAGUAUGUUAACCAUC